AACCAGCUGCGGUGCUGCAGGCCAGCACUGAACCUCUCUUAAUGAAGGAUGUCACCUAUGAGGCCGGGUCACCUCCCGAAAAAGAAAAAUCUGUUGGGUUGGGCAGCGAGUUGAACUGCUUCAUGGAAAAUGCAGUGAGCACCAGAACAGAUGUGGAACAAAAGGAGAAAAAAGGGAGAGGGGGAGACGGUACCCACACACAAAAAAAAAAGGGGGGGUAGAAAAAAGGGAGUGGAAGGAGCAAGAGGGAGGGCAAGGGGAAGACAGUAAGAAGUAACAAGCAAGAGAGGAUGUCCCACUCAGGGCUACAGUAGUGCUGGGCCUCCUAGAGUCCAAGAUCUAAUGCGAAUGGCUGUUUGAUGGGCGCAGUUGCUGUUGGGUGUUGCUCGAGCAACAACCCCCUCCUGCGCACACGCACGUGUGUUUCAGAACGGCCGCCUUGCACAGUACAGGCAAACACAAGCAGCCUAGCGGCAAGACUGGCCUGUCAGAGGUACAGGAAUCACCUGGGAUCAAAUAGGUGGGAAGGGGGCUGGGAAAAUAGAAGAAAUGCGCCAACUUUAGCUAAUACAAGAAUAUCAACUGCAAAUAUGAAGAGUUACUUCCCCCCCUCUAGGUUUUUGAUCCUGAACGGCAGCAUUUCCCUCAUCAAAGGCAAUGGACUACGAAACGUUACCUCUGAGUGAGUGGGAUGAGAAUCAUGUCCAAUGUUGGCUAGAAUCUACUGGAAUCAAGAAAGAGUAUGUAGAAAAACUACAUGCGGAGGAAGUGACAGGUCCAGUGCUACGGGAACUGGAUGAAUCUUUCCUCAGAAAGAUGGGGAUGAAGGGAGGCCAAAUCCAAUUGUUAAUCCGCAAGAGAACUGAACUUUUGCACUUACCGGAAAAUGCACAGCAAGGCAAGCCUUCCAGCAGCAAACCAUCAGACAAAACUACUACAGAGAGAGAUUCAGUACGACCCAAAACCUCCCCUGCUCAAAAAUCUUCCAGUGGAGACAGUGGUGGUCCAGCAGAAAAAAACAGCAGAGAGAAAACAGCUUCUACUUCUGGCAAGAAACAAAAGAGGAGUAACAACUCCCAACUUAAAAGCACUGAAGAGGGUUUACAGCUCAGCAACUGUCGCCCAUUUAGAAGUCAGAAUGCCGAUUUCAAGUACGUGAAAGAUAAAGUUCUUUCUCCAGAAACAGGAGUCAAUGAUUUAAUCGCUCCUUGCCAUGAAUACAAAUCUUUCGCCACUGCUGCAGAACUGAACAAAAAUCAGCUGCAAUCAAAAUUUGCCUGCGAAGUGAUACGGUUUGCUUCAGCCUGCAUGAACAUUCGAACAAACGGCACCAUACAUUUUGGUGUCAUGGACAGCGUUGGGGAUAGCGGUUGGAAACAUGGACAGAUCAUUGGCAUAAAGGUCAAAGAGCGAGAGCACUACGUUGAUGCAUUAGAUGAUUAUAUAAAAAAAUGCUUCAACAAAAGUGAACAAGAAAUUGCAAGGAAAUGUAUCCACUCACCCGUUUUUGUUGAAGUGAUUCCAGAAGAACAAGAUCAAAGGUUUGUGGUGGAGGUUGACAUUGAACCAACAUCCAGCAUUGUAAAAAGCAAAUUUUUUGAAGUGUGUUUGCCAAAAUACAAUGAAAGCUGCCAGAAGGUGAUCCUGACAAAAGAGCGCACUCUCUAUCAGCGACUGGGAGCCAAGUCUGAACCUGUAGAACGCAAUGAUCUUGCUACUUUUAUUCAGGGUUUACCAGACAGGGAUGCUCAAAGAGAAAAAGCUGAGCUCUCCAGCACUCAAGUACAUAAAGAAGUGCCUCAAAAUUUAGGGAGAAAGUUAUCAAUUCUACUAAACGAUGGCAAAAGCUACAUGGAUACUUCCCUGCGGUAUAUCCUUGUCACAAACAGAUGUGAAAAGCAUGACCUGAGCUAUAUCAACUUUUUAAUGCACUUGAACAUCUUCUGUGUCUUUGACUUCGAUGAAGAUUCUAACGUGUCAGGGCUCUACAGCAAGUACAAAGAACACCAUGCAACCAGGCCUUUCUUUUUACAGGAUUUCUCCACUGAAAGCAAGAUUAGCAACUCUGUCUCUCAGAAACAUUCAUGGGAUUUUGCCAGUGAAAGCAAGACUGGUGCCUCUGCCUCUCAGAAACAUUUGUGCCUGUUUGAUCAGACCAGCUGGAUAUUCUGCAAUGGCCGCAGCGACUUCCUUGGGGAUGAAAAACCUUGCGAUGAAAAUACAUGGAUUAGAACGAAAAAAAAGUACCUUAAGAAAGCAAUUACUCAUAUCUGUGAUGAAAUCCUGCCGCAGCGCUCUUUCAUUGUGCUUUUCCUACUGCUAUCACCAGUGCAGAAACCACUUGUGGACACUUUUCAGGAAUUCUAUACAGAGAUGAACGGCGCAGAGUACAUCGUUUGCAUUGCGGAGUCCAGAGAAAACUACGAGAAGUGGGCUUAUCUAGCUCAGGCAUCCUGCAGCAUCGAGACACUCGAACAAUGCAGUGUUGUGGGUAUGAAAUUAAGUCACGUAGAUGCCACCAUCCAAAAAAUGCUGCCUUCCACAGCACAACCCAGACAUCUGCCAGUUUCCACUGGAGGCCUAUGUGCGCUUCCUUCCCUAGAAGAAGAGAAACUGUUUUCCCUAGAAAUCCUUUGUGUUGACCAAUGUGAUGAUAUCAAAUUAGAUCUUUUGUCUGAAAAGGAAAUACAAGAAAUAGAACAAAAUUUUUACCGAGGGAGAAAAAUCAUCUGGAAAAACUUCUGGCUUGCUGAGAAAAAACGCUGUGGGGAAAUCAUUGAACGCAAAGCAUGUGAGGAUGCUAGCAAACUCCUAGAUGAUAUUUUACAAGGAAGAGGAUUCAACUGUUCUGUGGCUAAACUCAAAAUAUUCCACCAUCCCGGAAGCGGCGGAAGCACGAUAGCACGACAAGUUCUGUGGAAAAGAAGGAAGGACCUAAGAUGUGCCAUUAUCAAAACUUCAUAUUUACCUACAACCGUCUGUGAGCAUGCACUUGCAUUUAGAGAUUAUGAAGAAAGAGACAUCAGUCAUUGUCUGCCUGUGCUCCUCCUGAUUGAGGAUUAUGAUGAAGACUACUUAGAUGAACUAAAGAAUGAGUUAAUGGAUGCUGUAGCAAUCAGGAAAACCAUUUUCCCCAGACCUUCCUUCAUCCUCAUGUGCUGUAGACGAUCCAAUGACCCGGAAAGGCUUUGCAAGUUUUCUCCAACGGACACAGUUGCUGUCACGCACAAGCUGACAGACUCAGAGAAAAGUCUGUUUAAAGCUAAACUUGAAAAACUGCAGCAGAAAGAUGUCAAGCCAGAAUUUAUACUCACGUUUGUCUUGAUGUGCGAGGAGUUCAAUGAAACAUACGUGAGCAAUUUUGUGGGGCACAUAUUGCAAGGCAUAGACCGCUCUUCUCGUGACACUUGCUUGAUGCGUUAUGUGGCUUUGCUGAAUUUUUAUGUACCCAAUUCAUACCUUUCAUUGUCACACUGUGAGGCUUUUCUGGGAUUGGGGGCGUAUACAGAAAAGAAAGCAAGAGCAUAUGAUUUCAAAAGUCACUUAAGUGAACAAGCAAGAAUGAUUUUUAUUGAGCUAAGGGAAAGCACCACCUAUAUUUCAUCUGUUCAGAUAAUACACUGUCUAGUUGCAAAAGAAAUUCUGCAUCAGCUUUCAGGGAAUGAACCCCAAAGUCAACUUGCAAUGACCCUCCUUCAGGAAAAUACACUCUUUGAAAACAGAUUUGGACGAGAGGAAUUCAUAAAGUUCAUCAGAUAUCUGUUUAUUCGACGUGAUAAAAGAAGCAGGGGUGACACCACCGACACUCUCUUCUCCCCAUUCAUUGAACACGUCUGUAAAGCUGAAGACUGUGAAAAAGCUAUAGCUGUUUUAAAAGCUGCAUAUGAACUCCUUGGGAAAGAUCCCUUUUUUGCCCAGCAGCUCGCCCGACUGCAUUACAACAAUGAAAAAUUUAAAGAUGCGGAACACUGGGCAGGGGUUGCAAAAUUCCAUUUGCCAAAUGAUUCCUAUAUUUUAGAUACAGAAGGUCAAGUCUACAGGAAAUGGUUUAGUUUCAUGGUGGAUAAAAUGACACAGGAUGACGAUCCCGAAAGCAUCAUUCACAAAAUAGAGAUUGCUCUUAAAGCUAUGAAAUGCUUCAAGGCUGCACAACAGGCUGCAAAAGCGGAACGCGAGAGUAUGAAUAACGCCGGCUAUUUCGGAGAAGUAGAAGUAGGAUGUCGUCUUUUAAAAUUUUUGUCCACGGUCCAGGUAUUUCACAGAAGUCCAAAUGGGGAACAUUCUGAGCUUGUGAAAUACCUGGUCACGGAUUACAUUCCCGAGGACAUUGCAAAACCAUGGGGAAGGCUUCACUCCCGCUUAAAAGGCUUACGCCAGAACCUGUACAAUGCUCUAGAAUGGAUUUCAGAAGACCUAAGUUACUUCCAAACAGAUAAAAACCAGGAGAAUGAAGAGGAAGAUAAAAGAGAUGAAAAGGAAGAACAAAUUUAUAAUCCCAGAAAAUGGCUAAAAAGACAGUCCGAGGUAUACGCCAGGUUUUUCAUCUCAAUAUCACUUUUUGACAGCAACCACAGCAGUCCUGAGAGUCAGCUGAUUAGACGCAUGAAUAUUUAUAAGAGUGGUGGAGGCAGCUUCACUAAUAUCCUGUCAUUCUUAUCAGAUAAGAAAGAGAACAGGUCAGCUGAAAAACUAGAACAGAUCCUUGGUUUCUAUACAGAAAACCCGCUGAGGGACAGGCUGGAGGACCAUGAUCUGAUCAACUACAUUUUGUGCCAUAUCACACUGGCAUGCUUGGCACCAGGAUCAGGCAAACUUUUGCCCGCAAACGUUCUUCGUGAGCUCAGUGCAAGAUUCUUUAAAGGAAGAGGACCAUUUCCAGCCAGUGCCUAUUUUUUGCUCACCUUGCUGUACUGGCCAGAUGAGGCAUUAGACAGAGAGCCUAACCCAGACAAAGAUGAAAUUCUGAACACAGCCCUUCAAACCCUGAAACGCUUAUAUGAAAUCAAGAUGAAAGACAUCCCCAACAGAAAGAAAAGAAUCUACACACACUUUUUCCUGGGAAAGGGUUAUGGCUUAACCAAGAUUGUGCACAAAACUAGAAUAGAUAAAUUAAUUAGUGGGUCCUUACACGAGAGGAGAAUGAAGUGGCUACAUGGAACUGUAUGGAAUAUUCCCAUGAUUCGUGACAGUCUCAAAAGAGUUUCUGGUUGGACCAAGGACAGAAAGUUAUUUAUGCGCGGUCACGUGAAGGAGUUCCGUAUCUUGCCACUCCAUCACGAUUCAGUGCCCCCUGGAAACGAAAACGUGACCUUUUAUUUAGGCUUUUCAUUUAAUGGUCUUGUUGCCUUCAAUAUUGAAUUGGAAAAUACUUCACCUGUCAGCAGAACACAAGCUGUUUAGUACACAAACAGUACUGUGCUAUUAGAAGAUACAGCACUGGAAGCAUCCACUGGCACAUUUAAGGAGUGGACUGCACUGGCUGAACAUCAGGUAGCAAGACAGCCACAGUUAACUACAGGAAUGACAAAAUAUCCAAAAAAGUUUGAAACCUAUGAGUAAAACAUACCCUGAAAUGGAAGGCUUUGAUAGUUUUGGAGUCAGCAAAAGCAAGAUUUCAAACUCAAGACAGCAAUAAUUGCAAUAUUUGCUUGGGGACUCAGCACAAGAGACCUACUCUUUCUCCUCCCCAUCCCAAAAUACCUAAGAACUGAGCUCUGGAAUAAACAAGUACGGUGUGGAUCCCUUUCUUCUCAGCUCGCAGAUUAUGAUUUAAAGCUAAAUUCUGUGUGUGCCUGAUAAAUGAACUCUCUUUGCCUAAACCGAUUUAUAAGCUUCUUGCUGACAGCACCGUCUCUGCAACUACUGUGUCAAAUUAAGCUUCUAAUAAUAAAGUCAUGUUAUCCUUGAAAGUUUCACAUUGUUUGAUACUAAUAUUGUCCCUAAAAUUUCCAGAAUACAGCUUAAGUCACACAGCUGAUAUUUUAACCUAAUAACCUUCAGGAAGAAUUACUGUUUCUACAUGAGCUUAAAUUG